UUUAAGUUGACUUGUAGUCUUCCAUUUCCAUGCGUUUCAUUUGCUCAAAGGAAGAAAGAAACACAGUAGAGCUAGCCAGACCCAUAUUUGUACGUAAUCGUCUUCUUCUCCAUUUUGCUCUUUCAUUCAACUGCAUACCAACCACCCUUUUGCCUCUGAGGGAACAAUGUCUGAGAAAGCUGAGAAUCUCUUGAAUAGCGUUGCGGAGACACUUGCAGAAAGAGGUUCAAAACAUAAAUCUGUAUCAUUUUUUACUGAAGAAACUUCAGAGACAGUCUCUGCUAAGUUUAAUCGAUUGUUUGGUCGCCAGAAGCCUGUUCAUCAUAUUUUGGGUGGUGGAAAAUCUGCUGAUGUGUUGUUGUGGAGGAACAAAAAGAUAUCAGCGAGUGUUUUAACUGGUGCAACCAUUAUCUGGGUGAUCUUUGAAUGGCUUAACUAUAACUUCCUAACUAUUCUAUCCAUGCUUCUGGUUCUUGGCAUGAUUUUUCAGUUCAUUUGGUCAAAUGCAUCAGGCUUAUUGAGCAGGUCCUCUUCUAAAGUUCCCCGCGUUAAACUGCCAAAGGAGUUAUUUGUGAAUGUUGCUGUCUCAGUUGGUAAUGAGGUCAAUCGAGCAUUGGAGUUCCUUCAGGAUGUCUCAUGUGGAGGGAAUUUGAAACAGAUGAUUGUGGUUGUAUUAGGCUUGUGGGUUGCUGCUAUGCUAGGAAGCUGGUGCAAUUUUCUCACUGUGCUAUAUAUUGGUUUUGUUGUGCUCCACACAUUUCCAGUUCUGUAUGAGAAGUACGACGAUCAGAUUGACAACUUCGUUUACCAGGUCUUAGAGCAGUUUCAGAAUAACUACCGAAAGCUGGAUGCUGGUGUUCUCAGCAAGAUCCCAAGAGGAAGCUUUAAGAUAAAGAAGGAUGAAUAGAUAUGUCUAGUUACAUAAAUAAACCUUAGUUACUUGGCCAUUUCUUCUCUUAAAGGGUUGAUUUAUAAUACUUUAUAGGAGAAACCAGUAAAAAAAAAAAUCCCCUUCCCAUUCCCUGUUUAAAAAAUGGUCUAAUUGAUGUAUUUUUAAGCUAAAUCAUUAUUUAUAAUAUAGAACAUCUUGUUGUUAAGUUUUGUCUCUUGUUCAGUGAAAAACUCUUUGGGUUUA